ACACACACACACACACACUACUCUCUCCCUCUCCCCGCUCGCCUUUCGUCCGCUUUUAUUCCCACAAACACACCUGCACUCCAUCCGAUCCUACCCCUUUGUAGCAACACGUCCACACACGCCACCUCCCGCAUUCCACCAGUGCCAUGUCCUUCCUCGGCCUGAGCUCAUCGGCGACUGACGCGUCGCUCGCCGGGGUGUUUGCCGCAUCCGCCGGGCCGGCCAUCAUCCCGGUUGUGACCCCGGCUUCCAAGCCAACCCCGGCCAAGGUGUCCGACAAGGAUGUCAUCCAUAGCAUCGAUCUGCAUGGGCAAUUCGGAGCCCGGCGCCGGCUGCUCGCCAAGAAGGCCGCCGCCGACAAUGACCACCUGCCCGAGCGUCUGAUGGAGGUCGAUUCCGAGGAGGAAGCCGCCGACCUGGCCGAGAUCGGGACCGACUCCGAUGAUGAGGAUGCCGACUCCGGCAACGAGAGUGACCCGGAGUUGGCGCAAAUCCGCCGCCAAGCUGCCCGCGCUCUGGGCACCACGGUUGCCGAGCUGAAGAAGUUCUCGGCCGCCGCCGCCGCCGAGGCCCAAGACAGUGACGACGAGGGGGAUGAGGACGACGAGUCAGCCACGCCGGCCGCCGGCACGGCGCCCAUCCCGGCAGACCCUGUGGUGGAUCGCGACUCGCCGGAGCGCCGUCAGCGCACGGUCUUCAUCGGCAAUCUCCCGGCCGCGGUGAUGGCCAAGGCCGGCAAGCGCCAGCUGCGCAAGCUCCUGACCCCCCAUGGCAAGGUGGAGUCCAUUCGCUUCCGGUCGGUGGCCGUAUCCACGGUGACUGUCCCCAAGCGGGUGGCCAUCUCCCGCGGUAUGUUCAAUCAGACCCGGGCCGAGGUCAACGCCUAUGUGGUUUUCGGCACCCGGGCUGAGGCCCGGUCGUCGCUUGCUCUGAAUGGCACCUUCUUCGAGGUGACUGGCGUUGGCAAUGAGGCCAAGGCGCCGGAAACCCGCAAGCGCAAGCGGUCCGAACUCGACUCGGAUGACGAGGACUCGGAUGACGAGGAUGAGCAGGCCUCCGACAGCGACCCGGACAGCCAGGAGGCCUCCGACGAGGAGGACGCCGCCGAACCGACCAGCGAUCUCGAGCAGGAGGAGGAGGACGAUGACUCCGAGGCCGACGACUCCGAGGAUGAGGAGGACGACUCCGAGGAUGAGGAUGACACCAUGUCUGAUGUCAUCAUGAAGAAGGCCAAGAAUGCGCGUGCGGAGGCGGCCCUGCCGAAGGCUGGUGGCCGGCAUCUGCGCUUCGACCUGCUUGUGCACAAGGUCGAGGGGGAGGACGACCUCCAGGCCGCUGCCAACAUGGGGCGCGACCUUUCUCGCACGAUCUUCCUGGGCAAUGUCCCGUUCAAUGCCUCGGAUGAGGACAUCCGCUCGCACUUCCGCUCUUGCGGCGAGAUCGAGUACAUCCGGAUGAUUCGCGAUCGGGUCACCCAGCUGGGCAAGGGCUUCGCGUAUGUCUGCUUCCGCAAGGCCUCCAGCCUGUCGCUGGCCUUCCGCCUCAACAACCAGCCCAUGCUGCUGGCCGGGGCCGAGGGGAAGAACAGUCGCAAGCUGCGCAUUAGCCAGGCUCGGCCGACGGACAACCGCCCGAUCCUGGGAAGUCGCGCUCUCGAUCACACCGGGCGCCUGGCCAAGCCCGGCGUUGCGGAGAAGGCUGUGGCCGCGCUCCUGGGCGACCGGAAGAAGGGUGCCACCGGCUCCGGUGACAAGGAUGGCGUCAAGAAGACCAAGUUUGAGGGCCGCCACGCCUCUGCCAGCAGCAAGGCCGUGGCCACCAAGAAGCGCUUGCCUGAUGGCACCAAGGCUCGGCACCGGCGUCCUGAGGGCGCUGCCUGGGCCGGCGCCGGCGGAGCCACGCCCGGUGCCUUUGUCCAUGCCACGGAGAAGGCCAUCAAGGAGGUUCGCAAGAAGGACAAGGAGAAGCGCCUGCGCCAGGCUAACAAGAAGGCGGUCGCCGAGGUUGGGACUUCCAACAAGCGCGCCCCUCGGGCGGAGGUCCGCGCCAAGCUCGCCGCCGAGGCGGCUCGCGGUGACAAGCCCACCGAAUCCCAGAAGCGCCGCCUUAAGAAGAAGGCCAAGGCCGAGGCCUUUGAGGCCCUCGCAAGCAAGGCCGGUCUUUGAGGGGGGCUUUUUUCUUGGCCAGCCAGGAAGCAGGAGACACUCAUGCCUCCAUCGGCUUGUGUGCACAUCUCUCCCCCUUCAACCUCUCCGCCCUUUGGGUACCUGCUGGCUCCUCUCUCCCUUCUUUCCUCUCCUUUCAAGGCAGCCUCCUCCCUCCGCCCCCCCCCCACACACACACACACAAGCACAAGCACAAG